UCGGAUUUCGAAUAUUUCAGAAUAAAUGUAGGUACUUAUUAAAAUACCUUUGUAUAUUAUAAUAUUCUAUUUACGUUUAAUGUUGUAAUAUCUUUCAACGAUUUUCCACACUCGUGAGUACUAAACAUAAUAAUUAAUAACUAUAUAAUAACAUAAUACACCGAUCGAUGGAAAUGAUGGAAUUAGUAGUUUUCAAUUAUAACGCAUUUUUCGGUCACAGAGAAUAUUAUAAUAUAAAGAUAAAUAUUUUCACUUAUAUGCAGUAAAUUAAUUUUUAUUAUGAAAACCUAAACCUAUAAUUAUUAUGUCCAGUGGUUGUAUUUAGAUAAAGGGGUGGAAUGCAGAAGUCAUCCCCUUCUCAGUUGGUUGAAAAAGUAUUUUUUUUCUAUAGAAUAAUCAUGUUGAUAAGACAAUUUUUUCAUUUCUUAAACGACCAGUGUGUGGGAGAACAUAUAUUAUGUCUGUUUUGCUUUUUCGCUGGGUAUUCAAGCUCUUUUGCUAAUUACAUCUAUGGUCAAUAAACAUUUCAGAGUGUUAGUUUUGUAACCCAUUAGAUAUAAUAAUAAUAAUAUAAGACGAUGGUUAUAAGAUAAAUACAAAAUGGGAGCAAUAAUCAACUAAUAAGAUUUUGUGAUCGACCGAAUUACUAGCAUCGUAAAUUAGUCGGUUUAAACUUUUAUGAAUUCUAUGAAAUUAAAUAUUAUAAUUAAAUUAAACCAGUAUAAUAACUCCUAGUAGGUACCUAUACACAUAUCGUAAAUAUUAUGUAUAUGAACAAAUUUUACAUUUCUACAGGUUUACGUUUACUACUAUUGGGAUUACUACUUAAAAAAUAAAUAUUACAUUCAAACCAUGUUCAAAUAACCGAAAAUAUUUAGCCUUAAGUGUAAAAUUUGACAAAAACUCGGAAGACUAAUAUGAAAAUAAUUUAAUAAUAGUUUUAUGUUCAUUAAAAUUGCCCACCCAAACUAGGAAAAUUCCUAUAAACAUCCCUAUAGCUGCCCAUCUUUGGUUACGAUUUCAAUGACCGCAAUGGUUGCCAUUCAUCGAUAUUUUGACCGUUAUUUUAUUAAUAAGAUAUUAUACACUUACUCAUUGAUUUCUGGCAUACGUAUUUACAAAACAUUAACAUUUUAUGUUUAAUAUUUUCAAUCGACGUAUUGGUACAAUAGUGCUCUAUUCAUAUAGCUGAUAUUUAUUUAAACAUAAAAGAUCAAUUACACACAAACUUAACAACUAACAAUAAAUAAUACAUUGACAUACCUAUACCUAUUAUGUUUAGUGUUUAUUACUAUACAUUAUCGUUCUGGUAUUGUUACUCAUUAUAAAAAUUGCCUUUAUUACUUUUUAGAUUUUGUAUCUAUAUGUAAACUAUUUUGUUAGGGCUAUAGCCAGUAUUCAUUUCAGACCUUCAUGGGAAGAUACUUUAGGGAGGUCAUAUUUUGAUUUUCUCAGUUUUCCCAAUAAAUGAGAAAUACCUAGGGGAAAUAUGGAAAAACAGGAAAAACGUAAAGAAAACGGGAAAUAUGUACGAUAUUAAACAAAUAUUAUUAAAUAAAAUAUAUUAUGCAUACCUAUGUAAUUAUUUUACCAUAAUAUGCACCUAUAUUGUUGACAAAGCAGCACUAUCAAUCAAACCCAGCUCAGAAUCGUUUUUUCGUUAGCAAUGGUUGCUUACAGAUAUAUAUUAAAUUUCCCCUCUGCUACCUUUCCAACUUCUCACUGAUAACAGUGGCUGCACCCGUCCCUAUUAUCCUAGAGCAGCUUAUUUUAUUUUAUUUUCAAUAAGAUGAAUCGUAAUUGGCCUAAAAUUAAUUUCACAUAUAGUUUUCUUAGUAAUGCCAUAUAUUUUCAAGGAGUGGUAUACAUUUUUCUGCGGGAGGUAAUACCCCUCCCCCCCAGUUACGCCCUGAAAUAAACAGGCCUAUAGCCCUCCAAAAGAACUAACGCUACUUCUAUGACUUAAGUACUAUUGUUUAUCUAACUUAAUAAUUUAACUUAAUUAGGUUAAUUAUUAUUUCCAUUAACUUAUCCACAAAAAUGAUAAGUAUAUACCACAGGGCCGGUUUUAAAAGAGGCACUGGUGGGCAGUUGCCUGGAAGCGGCAUACUUUGGGAGCAGCAAAAUUAUCUCAGAUAAAAUUAACAAAAAAUGAAUUUUUUCUUUGUAUUGAGGUAGAUUUAUCUUCUCAAAAAUGAUUAUACAUCUUAUUUUGUUUUUUUUUAAUUCACAUAUACAUACAUUUUUUUCUACCUAUAUUUCAUCAUUUUAAAUAAAAAAAAAUAAAUGUUAUUAACUAAGUAUGUAGGCACCUAAUUUAUUAUUAAAUAUUAGUUGGUUUAUUUUUACUAGUAAAACUAGUAAUCUAAGGAAUCUAAGUAAUCUAAUAGGGAUUGUCGAUUGUAGGAUUCACCAAAAUAAAACUAUUUUUAACAGUCGAUGACGAUUGUUCAGGUUUUUAGGAAAUAUGUAAAAAUUGUAUAAUAAUAAUAUUUAUGUGUUGUUGACAGCUGAAUAUAGGUAUUGACAUUUUAUUUAAGUAGUCAUAUUAUUCAUAACGUAAAUACAAUACGUAAUCUCAUGUGUUAUGUGAGUAUGACCAUUGUAAAGUUUUUACUAAACAUUUAACUUUAAAAAUUUGAAUAGUAAAAUAAUCGGCUACCUAUUUAAUUUUAAUGAAGUUAUAAAAAAUACAAACAAAAUAAAUACCAUGUUUAAACUGAUAAGUAGGUAAACAAUAUCUAAAGAGGAAUUAAACGUACUUGAAGUAUUAAAUAUUGAAUGAGACAUAACAAAACAAAUUAAAUAUGACAUUAUAGACAUUAUAGAUAAUUUUGCUGAUAUUCAAUCAAGAAAAAAAUUGUAAAAUAAACAAUAAAUAUUAUUAUAUUACAUAUUAUUAAUUGUGUAUCAUUCAUUACUAUGAAUACUAUAGUAGAUUCUAGGUAGAUGGUACCUAAGUUAUAAAUUAGUUACUUGUGUUUUCUUUUGUAUAGUAUACCUACUAUUAAACAUGUAUAGAGAAUGCAUACCAAGUUAAAAUUGCCAAAACUUAAUUGCGAAUUAAAUUAUCAAUGAGAAAGGGAAAUAUAAAAAAUGAAUUUAUUUUAUGGCUCCUGGUGAAAAAAAAUAAGCUACCACUACUGUGAUUUAAAAAAAAAGUUUUUGUUGAAAAGGGGCGCCAUUAAUGUUAUGCUUGGGGGCACAAAAUCCCUAAAUACGGCCUUAGAUAUGGUAUAUGAUCCAAGCUCUGAAUUUGAAUAAUUUACCAAUGAUUUGAUUAUCCACAAUCAUGUUACGAUAAAUAAAAAUGAUAAAUUAUAAUUUUACUGGAAUAUUUUAUACUUUUGUAAUAAUAUUAUGUAGUUCGAUUAAUAAUUGUAGUAAAUAUAAUUUUCAGAUUUACACUGUACUUGAAAGAACGAGCAAUUGUGUCUGGCCAAUUUCGAUCCCACUGUGUAUGUAUGUGUGGUAUGUACGCUUCUGAUCACAGCAUCAUACGGUUCACUGGAGUGCUAGUAUUAGAAGAGCUGUGGUAAUAUAAAUACUCUGGCACGAAUACUUAUUCUAAGGUACGUUUCAAUACUGAAACACUCAUGUUCAAUUGCACUCUCCGGUUGAUCAAUUUUACAUUUCCAACGUUUUCACAAAAUAUUCGUAAGAUAUAGGUUACAGAUACACUUGCGUAAUGUUUUUAUGCGACCGAUGUAUAUUUUAACAGCACCGGUAACCUGUAGGAAUGCUACAUUUUUAAACGGGUUCUAUUAUCUAAUGGUGCUAAUUAAAUAUAAUAUUUUAUAUUAUAAACCACGAUAAUAUAUGUAUACUAUAUAGGUACUGUAAACUAUAA